AAUGGCCGAAAACAGCAUUUUUGAUGAGAUUCCUGAAGAGAUCAGCCAACACUUGGUUACCUUCUCUGAGUCGAUCGACGACGUGGACAGUUAUAUCAAAGACUUCUUGGCUUCUAAGAACUCGAGGACAGAAAUAUCUAAUCUAGAACAGAUUAAAGAAGAGCUUUCCCUUUGUUACGCAUUUAAUGCACUGUUUUUCGGUAAGUGUAGCUUUAGGCAAGACCAUUUUUCAGUAUAUUUGCGGUGCAAUGGCGUGGAUACUUGCAAUCAUCCGAUCAUGCAAGAAUUGAAUCGUGUCAUGACUGCGCUGAAACGCUGUCGAAUGCUGACCGAGAAGGAGAGUAAUUCACGCCUCAAAUGUGACAAGGAAGCCGCAUCACGCUUUAUCAAACACGCGCUGUGGCAGUCUGCUCAUUCAAAAGCCAAGAAACGUCGGCCAAAUCAAGAAGGUGGCACCCCAAGAUGAUUCAACGUAUCUCCGGACGGCAUGUACAAAAAAACACUGUUUCGAGACAGCAUUGUCGUGGCGUAACUCAUUCGCCUCAAUUAUUAUGAUUUCUCGUUCUUUUGAUAUUUCUUGUGAUCUUGUUACACGAGCCGUAUGCGGUUUCACUCUUCCACUGUGGAGAUUGGUAUGGGUUGCCUUACUUUCAUUUUAGAUGGCCAGCACAUAUGCAGCACAUUGUGCGUAGCUAUUCCUGUGUUGUCGUCGAAAGGC